AUGUCCAAGGCGAACGUCUGUCUGCGAGACAAUCAUCCCCAUGCUCCCCAAGGUAGUACUCCUAGUUACUCCGUACAAACUAAGCUCGCAGCUGGUUGUUCUUCCAGUGCCCGAUCAGCACACUGGAUAUUCCAUCCCGUCUGCGGCGAAAUACAGCGAGGUAGCAGGAUUCUCGAUGACUUGAUCGCAUCGUACCCAACUCCUGACGUACGAGUGUCUUUUUUUCGACAAUCGUCAACGCACAUCGCGUUUCUCGUCCAUCCGUUGUUGUCGCGACUGAUCUUCGCGAAGAUGGGGCUGGGUGUAUUAGAGGACAAGAAACUCCAACACGUUCCUGGAACGUCGUACAUCCUAGACGAUGACAGCGCGCCUCCUCGCGAUGUCCCUACUGAACCAUGGCUGAAGUACGACCGCUCCGGGCCGGUGCCUAUCAUUCUCGUGCCCCAACCAAGUGAUGACCCUAAUGAUCCUUUGAAUUGGCCUCUGUGGAGACGUGAUCUCAUCCUCGGCAUUCUCUCCUUCGUCGCCGUUCUCUGUACGACAAUGAGCCCGAUUAUGGCCGCCAACACCUUUACAAUCUCGUUCAACUUUCACCGAGACUUCACCGACGUAGCCCUGCUGACUGGAUAUCAUCUUCUGGGCGUUGGCGCUGCCGGCAUUCUGUGUGUGCCUACGGCAAGGGUAUGGGGCAAGCGCCAUCUGUUCCUCUUGGGGAAUCUCUUGAUGGUUAUCAGCUGCGCUUGGGCUGGAGGCAGUGGGCAAAACUACCACAGUAUGUUGGCAGCACGGGUAUUCCAAGGGUUUGCCCUGGCACCAUUCGAGGCUCUUGUGAACGCGUGCGUGGGGGAUCUAUAUUUUGUCCAUGAACGCGGGAAACGCAUGGCACUGUCGAACGUCGCUCUCUUUGGCGGCGCCUUUCUGACGCCCGUCUUCGCUGGCAAGAUUACCCAUUCGCUUGGGUGGCAGUGGACGUUCUAUUUCGUUGCCAUCUUCACCGCGGUCGCUCUGCCAUUCAUGUUCUUCUUCGUCCCGGAAACCGCAUUUCGGCGUGCGGACUACCUGAACACGGAUUUUCUGGGCGAUGCUGAUUCCUCUCGGUCCCUACAUGGCCCACCUCGUGGCGGUAGUGAUCAAUCUGGGUCACCAGUUCCGAUUCACGAUGCAGGGAAAGAGAAUGGCGCUUCUUCCAAGCCCGGAGAAGGGAUGGCAUCGCCAGCGGUUGACGAAAAGGCCGAGCGUCCCGCCGCUCAUGAAACUACGGCACCGGAAAUCACCACCCGGGACAAAGUGCCGUUUGUGCAGACGUUGAAGCUUAUCAAUGGCAGGAAGACGGAUGAGAGCUUUUUCAAACUCCUUCUGCGACCAUUUCCGCUUUUUCUGCAUCCUGGGAUUCUUUGGGCUUGCUUAACGCAGGGUGUCCUGAUCGGGUGGACGGUGUUCAUCGGUGUCGUCCUUGCGAGGAUCUUCAUGGGCCCACCAUUGUGGUUUGAUGAAGUCCAGACGGGUUACCUCUACACGGGUGCCUUUAUCGGAUCCAUCCUAGGGCUGAUUCUUUCGGGCCUUCUGUCGGAUUGGAUCAACAGGAUCAUGAUCAAGCUCAACAAGGGGAAAUAUGAGCCGGAGUUUCGUAUCCUGCUCGUCUUCUUCCAGCUCAUUUUUGGUGGAAUUGGGCUCUACGGAUUCGGGAUCGUCGCCCAGGAUAUCCAGCGGUACGGCUGGCUGCUCGCCGAUGUGUUUUUCAUGUUCGUGAUCAUGGGGAUGGUGAUGGGCGCCGUCGCUAGCGCGCUGUACAUUGUUGAUGCUCAUCGCCAAAUUGCCGUGGAAGCAUUCACGUGUCUGCUCGUGUUCAAGAACAUUUUUAGCUUCAUCUUGACGUUCUUUGCGUACGACUGGCUGGUCGUCAAGGGUGGUUCCCGUGAGCCUUUCAUCGCGAUCGGCAGCAUCCAGGUGGGCGUUUGUCUGCUGGCUGUGCCGAUGUAUAUCUUUGGCAAAAGAAACCGCUCUUUCUUUGCGCGCCAUGACAUUUUGAAACUCCUCCAUUUGUGGUAA